GUCCGUUGGCCGAGGCGCCCGCCGCUGCGCCGCGGGGCCGCGACUCCUCCCCCGCGCGUCCGUCCGCGCGUGUCCCCGCGUCCCCGCGCCCGGCGUCCCGCGCCGGCGGAACUGUGGGAUCGCCGCGCACAGGAAGUGGCGGCGGCGCCGAGGCGGAGGGCGGCGAUGGGGGCCCGGGGCGGCGGGCGCCGCACUCGCUGAGGCCCCGACGCAGGGCCGGGCCGGGCCCAGGCCGCGCGCGCGCCGACACGCGAGAACCGCGACCAGCAGGUGGAGUGCAGGCGCUGGGGUCAUUCAGUAACCAGAGCCUUUGGAGGAAAACACCUGUCCACGGUGGGCCACCAGGAGCCCUGAGCAGUUGACCCCAGGCCCUGCAGGUCGGACGCCCUUGAGGACAGCCAUCGCCUGGCCCUGCUAGCCUGUGCCUUGGACGGCUGUUCUCAGUGAAGGACCGUGCGGCCGCCCCUGAGCAGCGACCAUGGGCCUGCUUGCCUACCUGAAGACCCAGUUCGUGGUGCACCUGCUCAUUGGCUUCGUCUUCGUGGUGAGUGGGCUGGUUAUCAACUUCACCCAGCUGUGCACGCUGGCCCUCUGGCCCUUCAGCAAGCACCUGUACCGCCGAAUCAACUGCCGCCUGGCCUACUCGCUCUGGAGCCAGCUGGUCAUGCUCCUGGAGUGGUGGUCCUGCACGGAGUGCACUCUCUUCACCGACCAGGCCACCGUGGACCACUUUGGGAAGGAGCAUGUGGUUGUUAUCCUCAACCACAACUUCGAGAUCGACUUCCUCUGCGGGUGGACCAUGUGCGAGCGGUUUGGCGUGCUGGGGAGCUCCAAGGUGCUGGCUAAGAGGGAGCUGCUGUACGUGCCUCUCAUCGGCUGGACGUGGUACUUCCUAGAGAUCGUGUUCUGCAAACGGAAGUGGGAGGAAGACCGGGACACUGUCAUAGAGGGACUGAGGCGCUUGGCUAACUACCCAGAGUACAUGUGGUUUCUCCUGUACUGCGAAGGAACACGCUUCACAGAGACCAAGCAUCGCAUCAGCAUGGAGGUGGCUGCCUCCAAGGGGCUGCCCCCACUCAAGUACCACCUGCUGCCCCGGACCAAGGGCUUCACCACUGCAGUCCAGUGCCUCCGGGGGACAGUUGCAGCUAUCUAUGACGUGACCCUGAACUUCAGAGGGAACAAGAACCCGUCUCUACUGGGAAUCCUGUAUGGGAAGAAAUAUGAGGCAGACAUGUGUGUGAGGAGGUUCCCCCUGGAAGACAUCCCAGCAGAUGAGACCGGCGCUGCCCAGUGGCUUCACAAGCUGUACCAGGAGAAGGAUGCCCUGCAAGAGAUGUACAAUCAGACCGGUGCAUUCCCAGGGGAGCAGAUCAAGCCAGCCCGAAGGCCGUGGACCCUCCUGAACUUCCUGUGCUGGGCCACUGUCCUCCUCUCUCCCCUCUUCAGCUUCGUCCUGGGCGUCUUUGCCAGUGGAUCCCCGCUCCUCAUCCUGACGUUCUUGGGGUUCGUGGGAGCAGCUUCCUUCGGAGUCCGGAGACUGAUAGGAGUGACUGAGAUAGAGAAAGGCUCCAGCUACGGCAACCAACAGCUUAAGAAAAAGGAGUAAUUAACGCUGUGAUUGAACACCCGUAGCCUGGCGCGGUAUCCAAUUAACUCAAUUAAAAACAGAACACCCGAGAGCGAGGGAAAGAGACACGUAGAGACUAUUUUUCUUAUUAACUGGUGACUAAUAUUAACAAAACUUGAGCCAAGAGCAAGGAACUCGGCCUGCCAGGUGAAGACGGUCGGCCAGCACCGGCAGGGUCGCGUCGGCCCUCUGCGGGGACAGAGGCGGGCUUGGGGAGGUGGUGGGGCCCUGGGGCUCCCUCAGAACGCCGCCUCCACGAGGCAGCCCUGGCUGCUCUCCCUUCUUAAAUGUAGAAUGAGGCUUUUGUUUCUUAA